AGUAUAUUUCGAAAACUAUCCCUCACGCGGUUACAGAUACUCUGGAAUCUGGAUAGUCUCCUCCUUCACACUCUCCCUCUCCUCCUUCAAUCCACUCAAGUAUCUACAAUCCAACGAGCCCGCAAUAGUUGGCGCCGCGAUGGACGAGUCAGCAACCUGCUUCAUCGUCCAUUUCCCGGUGCCCAUCAUCCCCGUCUUAUCCAAUGAGAAAGAGCCCUUCUUUUGUGCUCCUGCUAUAAUGGACAGAGUAGCUCAUCUUCGUUCAUCAAUGACAAUUAAAAAGUUCUUAAUCCCAGCUGGUAACUGAUCUGAUACUUAGUCAACAAAAAAAAAGAACAAGAGAAGAGGCCCUCCUUUCAAAGGUUUAAAACAGAAUAGCAACUAAAGUGUCAAAGCUGCAGAGUUUCGAAUAAAAGAUUUAAAACAAAAAAGCAGUUAAAGUGUGAAAGCUUUAGAGUUUAAAAUCAAGGGUGACAUAAUUGUUUCACUUUUACUUUGAAGUGAAGACAAUAUCUGUAUUUCGUACAGGUACUCUUCGGCUUAUAUUAUUUGCACUGUAAUCAUGAUGAUGUUGCAUGUAAGAAGAGCCAGAGAUUUGCUUAACAAUCACAGCCAGUACUAUUUCUCCGAACUGUAACAAACAACAAAUCAGUUGUAAUCAAGUCGCUGUAAGAAGAACAGCGAAGCAAUGGCAAAUGAAGAAAAUCCAAGACCAACGUUGAUCCGAAACAUAAGACCCUUUUCCCUAACUUUGAAGGUUAGAGUUCAAGUGUCCAGAAUGUGGAGACCAAGGAGAUUCCAGAGUGAGAUAUACGACGGCCUCCACUAUCUUCUAAUUGAUGAAAUGGGAGAUACAAUCCAUGCCAGGAUUGAUGAAUCUGAUUAUCCUCAUAUUGCCAACACAAUGCAACAAGGAGGAAUAUAUGACAUCUCUGUGUUUCAUACACAAAGGGAUCGUUCCAAAUGCAAAGUUGCAAAUCAUGAAGUCCAGCUGUGUUUCAAUGAAUCAACAAAAUUUGAUCUGGUUGAAAACGUUGUCCCUCCAAUCCCAGAAUAUUCAUUCCACCUUCUUGAGUUCAAUGAAUUAGGACCACAAGCUGAACACCAACCACUGCUCAUAGAUAUCUAUGGCUGCAUCAAAUCAGCCACUCCGGAAUACCAAGUUCCUAUAAAAGACACAAACAAGAUGGAAUCAAAGCUUGAACUCAUUGUCGAAAACCUAAGGAGGGAAGAUCUCAAAAUAUUUCUAUGGGGUGACGCUGCAAGAAAAUUCAAUCUGGACAGUAUUGGAGCAUCAGGUUCAGCAAUACUUGCUCUGAUCACAAGCUUCAGAGUGACAAAAUUCAGACAACAAAUUCAGGCAUCAAGUACAACUCACUCUUGCAUACUGAUAAACCCACAAAUUCAACAAACACAGGAAUACCAAGCUGAGUUCUCCAAGCCAGGAGACAGGGUAAAAACAAUUCCUCCUCCAACCAAGCGACUAACACCAGAACAAGCCAAACAACAGACCACAAUGACAGUCUCACAACUCAAUGCAUUGGAUCCAGAUGUAUAUACGGAGGUCUACUGUACGGCUUCUAUCCGUAGAUUCUCCAUGCACAAUGGUUGGUGGUACAAGGGUUGCUCAAGUUGUCAUAAACAGCUCAAAAAAAAAGAGGAUGCCACUGCAUUAAGCUGUAUUGACCAUGGCACACAGAUUCCUCUUCCAUGGUAUAGAGUGGAGAUGAAAAUUUAUGACAAAACUAAUCAGGCAACAGUCAUGAUCAUGGGAACAGAAGCAGAGCAACUGUUUGAGAUCACCUGUGAAAAUUUGGUUAACAAACGAUUCUACCCCAAACAUGAAACUGUACCAGAAGAAAUGCAAAAAGUUAUUGACCAAACCUGCCUAUUUCUGAUCAAGGUGAAUUCUUAUGGUCAGUUGCUGGUAACAAACAUCUUCCCAAAUCACCAAGCUGCUCCAUCAUCAACACAAGCUGAACCAAAUACUGCCACACCAGAUCGCCUCUCAUAUCAAAGAAAGAGAAUGACUGAAGGAAGCAGCAGAGCAUUGUUCAUUUCAGAUUCUGAAAAAAGGAUGAAGAGAUUCAGCUUUUCAUAAUGAUGGAACAAAUAUUAAUGUUCCAUUCUGUUCCAUUCUUCUCUCUACAACUGUCUAAUAUAUUCAUCAUUCAUCACAUCAUCUGUUUCCAUAUCUACUCAUUUAAAACUAACCAUCAAAUUCAAUUGUAUACCUUUAUUUUUAUAUAUCCAAUGCACUCAUUCACUCAUAGCAAUCUCUAAACAACACUUUGCUGACAUUCAGGUAUGACAUUCUAACCAUUUAUUGCAACAUGAUUGAAAAUUCUAAUUCAAUCCUUUUUGUAACACACAUUACUUAAUCAUUAUUACAUAAAUUUUCAGAUUCAGCUUUUCAUAAUGAUGGAUUCUGUGCUCCAAACGACUAUCCUACAUUCAAAAGAUGAUUUGGGCAAUGAACUGAGCUACAAUGAACUGAGCUAUUUGAUUUCGCGGUAUAAUUCCAGUAUUUGAAAUGCAUAUGCAGGCAAAUCCUCCCAUGGAGCACAUUCCCCCUCAUCAAUCAUGGGGUCCACCUCAAGGUAUUCCACACAAUACUGGUGGCGGUCCUGGAGAAACAGCCGCAUAAUGGUAUAUCAGCUUCUGGAGAAGAAGCUCCUAUGGGUGUUCAUACAUCAUCAAAUGCUCAAUCAGCACCAUCAAUGGUCUCGCAGUUAUUGAUAAAAAGGACUACCCUCAUAUCAAGAAAAAAAUGGAGGAAGGUCGUCUCUAUGAGAUUUUCCAGUUUCACACCAAAGACAACACAUCCAACUACAAAGUGAUUGACCAUCGACCUCAAAUUCAUUUCAAUCGAACAACAGCAUUUUUUGAAGUUGAAGACACUUUCCCGCCCAUUCCACGCCAUGCAUUAUUUCUCCUUGAAUUUGACCAGCUCAAAGCAAUUAUGGAGAAUCAAAAGAUCUAUAUGGCUGUUUGAAAUCUGUUGUGCAAGAAUGCCAAGUCGCUCUCAAAAAUGAAAACAGAAUGGAAACAAACUGUGAAAUCAUACUUGAAAACUUGAGAAGAGAGGAUGUAGGGAUCGCCCUCUGGCGCCAUACUGCAAGGCGAUUUCAUGUAGAGGCCAUUCAAAAACAUCCUGCACCUUUGUUGAUCGUAUUCAGAAGAUUGAAGACCAGAUUAAUCCAUCAACUACACAGCAUACUUGCUUCAUCAUCGAUUCAUCCAUUCCUCAGAGAGAAGAAUAUAUGAAAGAAUUUUCAAAACCAGGGGUCAAAAUCAAGGUGAUUCCAUAUUCAUUCAGGUCCCCAACACCAGAACAAGUAAAUGACUCCAAAAAAAUGACUGUGUCUAAUCUCAAUACACUGAAUCCAAAAUCAUACGACAAAGAUGGUGUAUUGUGCUGCUUGGAUAUGUAGAUUCUCGACAAAGAACAAUUGGUGGUACAAAGGAUGUCCUUCUUAGGAUGUCCAUCUUGCUAUAAACAAUUAAGACAGAAACAGAACAGUGAUCAUUUCACCUUUACACAGCAACAUGUUCAGAUUGCUCUUCCCUGGCUUUACAUAACAAUUGAGGAUGUUGGCAAUGAAGCAACUGUCGUGCUGAUCGGAAAACAAGCUGCGCAAAUAUUUGGUGCUGCCUGUCAAGAGUUGGUAACUAACCGACUGUAUCCAGAUAAAUAAACACUACCAGAAGAAAUUGAAAAUACUAUUGGUAAACUGAUUGUCAGAGGAGUCUACCCAGAUCCACAAGAUUCACUACCGUCUACAGAACUUGGACCAAUGACCACAACAACAGAUUAUCCACCUUCACAAAAAGAAGAAGUCAUUGAAACAACUGAAAAACCACUGUGUUUUUACCUCAGCAAAAAGGCUGAAGAGGCUCAACAUCAAACAGCCACAUCAUCAUCAAUCAAUGACCAAAAGACCUAGGAGCAAAGACCUCAUCAACCAGAAAGGAGUGUUUUGUAUGUUUUUGUAGUAUAACACUUAUGCUAUUUAUGCAGCUGCAAUGAGUACAACUUUUUCUUUAUAUCUGUACUUAAUGAAUCAACUGGAGUCUUUUGUCUAACUACUUUUUGAUCAUAAACUCCAGUUGAUUUACCAGCUGUAACUAAAACUGACCAACUUCUACUCAACAAUGUAUAUCUGUAAUCGAUGUAUAUUAGUUGGUUCAGCUAGGUUUGUCAGCUACCUUUGUAAAUCUGUACUCAAUGAAUCAACUGGACGUUUUUGUGUAA